GGGAGAGAGUCACCAGACUGAUGUGAGGCUGCCUGGCCCGCGCUGGAGUCUACCUACCACAGAACUGCUACAGCGAGGUCUACAUUUUACAGGGACUCGGAUGUCUUGGACAUUGUAUAGAAGUCCUUCAACCGAGAAAGUGGUCCUGUAAGUUUCAAGAGCCGCAGAAGGAAGCUAGCUUGAAGUAGGAAGAGUCGAACGUAUUCGGCUUAGCACAGGAGAAGCAUUGAAUGCCAGACAAUAUUAGAUUCUUGCAAUUUCAGAAAGACUCAGGGCAGUCUCAAUCAGUCAGUUGUAUGCAGGGGCCACUGGCCAGCCCGGCGCAAAGACUGUGCGCACAAGAAAGAAAGCCAAAGGAUGCAAAGGAGGGACUGUAAUAAGCUUUGCUAAAUCUGCAAUGCUGCCCAGGUCACUCAGCUAGGAUGGUCAUGAGCUCCCUAUUAGCACAUAUGUGACUACGUCCUGGCUAUAUGGCAACUUGCGCUGCAGGUGUUUAACUUGGUGACUCAUCAAUGUCUUGGAGCCUUUUGUAAGACGCGAUCAUGCUGCUGGCCGCAAUGCUGCAAUCCAAGACCAGCUUGCAGCCGCUGGUAGUAAUGAUGCUGAUGUGGCUGGCAUGUUGUGCCCUCCUCCCAACACAGGCGCAAGCACAAGUGCUUCUAGAUGACCAAGGGUCCUUGUGCCCCUUACUCUUGAAGUCCAGCGACAUAAACGACACUGUCAUAGCUUGUGCUAGAGGGAGCGAUCCCAGCAGCUUGGUCUACAAUGUUCCUUGCUGCACGCGGGUUGCUGGUCUACUGUAUCAAAGCUGGGUCCGUUGGGCAAACACUACUGAUCAGCUCCUUAUGACCCAAGAAGCAGCUUUGCAAUGCACUGAGCUUCUUACGACAACGCUCAUGAGGGCCGGCAUACUGCCCAGUCAACUCGCAAAAUGCAACAAUAAGACGCUGAGCCUGUACCGCCAGUCUUGCGGAGAGAACUUGACCACGGUAGAAGCUUUCAAGCGUGCUGCAAAUUACUCAUAUCCAGGGGCUGCGGUGGCAGCAUGCUGGAAUCAGCCGGAUUGCACGGGCUGUAAGGUUGCAAUGACCAACAAAAUAGCUUCUCUGAGUCGAAGCGCCAGCAUCAAUGGGUCCCUCAUCGCGACAGACGAAUGUCAAGAGCUAGCUUCGGUGGCGUUGGUGGCCGCCGCAUACCCGCUCGUUCUUGCAAACAGUAUAGCGCAGUGUCUCUGGAACAGCCCCGUUGAUUACCUCCCACAAUCAACCACCUGUACAACCCAGGACUUCUUCAACGUGGAUUACACAGCAGCUUACAAGGCUUGCGGGGCACCAAAAGUUCAUGGUGAUCGAUGCUGUGAUAUACUUUUUGCAAUGCAAGGCCAGGUCUUCUACGCAUGGUCGAAUAAGACAGGCCUGAUUGAAUAUCAGACUGAGGUGGACGCCUGCAUCGCAUCAUAUCGAGUCGCACUGGCCGUACACGGUCUUCCCGGCUCUCUUAUCGACCAGUGCAAAAUAUCUAGUUUCAUUCCGUUGCUUGCGUUGAGGUGCAGCAAUUACACGAGAACUCUCCCAAAAGAAGCUCUGGAUCGGACAGAGGCUGCCUGCGCACCGGGUCACUGUAACAUGGCAGGAGACUGCACGGACGUCCUUCUUCAGACUUCGCAAGCGUUGAGGAAGCUAGAAGGCAGCGAGUCCCCACUCGAUCAAUUGACAUGCAUCCUCUUCCUGACGUCCGUCGCUUGGCCGCAGUAUGGCUCACAAGGGGCCGUUGAUAGACUCAACUGUUAUUACGACCUUCCGCCAGAAAUACAAGUCGCUUUAGCGCCGGUUUCUGUAAAUCAAACCGUGGGGAUGACAAUAGUGCAGCCCGGCAAGAGAAAAGAGUCUAGCAAAGUGCCGCUUAUCGUUUCGCUGGUGGCAGGCGUAGUGGUGCUGAUCAUGGUCCUCGGUUGCGCCUGGUGGUUUUGCCGGAUCAGAAGCUCCGUUCGAAAGUCCCAUGAGCGCGAGCUGUUUGCAGCUCGAGCUGCUUCGCUCGGAGGCACCGAGCAGGUGACCUGGUUUUCCUUCUCGGAGCUGCGCACUGCGACCCAAAACUUCUCUGACAAGCAGUUGCUUGGAAGAGGGGGCUCGGGCAAGGUCUAUCUGGGUAGGCUUUCAAGCGGACUUUUAGUCGCCGUAAAGGACAUCAUGAAACCGUCCAAGCCGGGGGCAGUAGAGGAGUUUAUAACGGAGGUCGUCUCUAUGGUUUCCUGUCGCCAUCGUCACAUCGUCGCUCCGAGGGGCGUUCAUGCCUCGGAAGACCGCUGCAUGCUAGUGUACGAGUACGUGCCAAAGGGUUCUCUCGAAGAUCACCUGUUUCCGCCGCGAGGUGACAGCGUUUUCAAAUCCCAAGCGAGGAUCUUCUUAGGCUGGCCACAGCGGAUUAGAAUAGCGGUUGGGACUGCAAAGGGACUGGCAUUUUUGCACGAGGACUGCAAUCCUAGGAUAAUACACAGAGAUGUGAAGCCGUCGAACAUUCUUUUGGACGACGAGCUGGAGGCGAAAGUAGCCGACUUUGGCCUGGCGAAGUUCUCGAAAGAAGACGAGACACACAUAUCGACAGGGGUCCGCGGCACUUGGGGCUAUAUAAGUCCCGAGUACGUCAGCACGGGGCAAGUCACUGAUAAGAGUGACGUGUAUAGCUUUGGAGUUGUGCUGCUGUCGCUUGUAACGGGACGGCGGCCAAUGGACACUACGGAGAGGUCAAACGAGCCGACGUUUCUGACCGAGUGGGCCUGGGACAUGGCUGAGAUGGGUAGCUACCUAUCGUUGGUGGACCCAGGCCUGGCACAAGACCUGCCCGAACACGAAGCAAGCAUACUUGUAGCCAUCAAGGUUGGCUUAAUGUGCGUCCACACAGUGAUAAGCCAAAGGCCAAGCAUGCAAGAGUGCGUCGCAAUGUUGUCGAUGCAAGCCAGGGUCCCUGAGUUGCCAAGAAGACCCCUCACAUUCUUUUCGUCUCAGUCGGAAAGGACGGAUGAAGCAGGCUCUUUCGUAAGCUUAGCUACUAGAGGCUCUACGAGUCGAAGCGACUCCACGCCUUCAUGGCUGGAAUUGAGCUUGUCGUGAAGGCGCAACGAAGCGGCCGCGAGCUGGUAAGGGAGCUUGACUUCUGCAGGUAGGACGCGGUGCUUGCUCCCGUAGCGUGAAGGUACGAAAGGUGAUUGCUUGCCUCAGCAGGUAUGCUUUGACAGAACGUUCGAUUGCGCUAGAUCUAGGACAUCGACAACUGGUUGUUAUAUUGAGAAAGGAAGACAAAAGGAUUGCUUGGUACCGAUUGGUACCGAUCGAAAUAUGUGUACAUCAGCAAGGUUUUGACUUCACCAUUAAACAGAAAUCUACCCUUUGGAGCUUUGCGAAGCCUCCAUGAAUCAACGUUGGUG